AUUAGUGAGACGAAUAUGAGAAAUCUUAAGUUUUUAUUUUAUUUCAUCUUUUGUGAUCGAAAUUGGCUUUGAUAUUUAAACAUUACUUUGGAAAAUUUUGGUUGAAAAACGAUAGCGGCUAUUUUGUUGAAAUUAAUCCAGCUAGCCACUGUUCAUCAACUUGCACAAAUUAAAACUUUUGUCUGGAAACUGAGUGAUUUUAACUUUUAGUUUAAUGCAUUCUAUUAACUAAUUAACCUAUACAUAUGCACCAAAUUACAUAACAUCUAUACAUACUUUGAGAACCAAUUAGAACCACAACCACCAAAAUAUAACAUACUUAUGAGUUAGGUCCCAUAUGUAGUUUCUUUAAUUUUAGGUAUUCUUUCUAACUUUCUGUUCAGUUUAGGUUUGUUUUCUAUGUUUUUUAUGGUUUUGUUUCUAAAAUCUAUGCUGAAGUAAAAAAGGUAAGAAAUUUCGGGGAUCAAAUACUAUUUAAUUAGUUAGGCUUUGUUUUCGAGUUAAGCUAAAUUUAAAGUAUAAAACUGAAAGUAAAACGUUAUAUUUUCGUCAUUUAUUUAGGGAUAACUGUUGGCAUUAACCAUAUAAAAUUCCUUUAAAAUCUCACUAUCUGCCACGUGGCUAUUCAAGUCAACGAUCUCUCCUAAUGGCAGAAAGUAAACCAUUGACUUGGUUUGUUUUAAUUUAAUGUCGAUCAAGCCAAAUAUAAAAUCGAAAUCUAUUAGUUAGACUUUUCAAUUUUCGUAAUGUACUUGGUCUCUUAGUAAUCCACAUUCAUCAAUUAUAUACGAUGACACUCUCUUGUCAUUAAAAUUAAAUAAAAAAACUAAUCUCAUACUAUAGUAUUUUCGUUAUAAGUAAGGGUUCAUCAAUGUUGCUCUAAAAUCACACUUAAAAGUCACCUUUCAACCCAAAAUAUCCACUUUAGUCACGUUUCCAGCUAUCUAUCUAUCCUUUCUCCUGAGAAACCUAGCUAUGUCGUCGAGAGCUCACCCUGUAGACGGAGAUCUAAGUCCGGCUAUGGACGGUGGAAAUCUUCCGAUCAAAUCUUCUCCCACCCGGCAUAAGGUUGGGAUCCCACCGAAGCCAAACAUGUUCAAGGAUUUCAUGUACACAUUCAAAGAAACUUUCUUCCACGAUGAUCCUCUAAGGGAUUUUAAGGAUCAGCCUAGGUCCAAGCAGUUCAUGCUCGGUCUCCAGUCCGUCUUCCCUGUCUUCGAUUGGGGACGUAGCUACAAUCUCAAGAAGUUUCGUGGCGAUCUCAUAUCCGGUUUAACCAUCGCAAGUCUCUGCAUUCCUCAGGAUAUUGGAUACGCUAAGUUGGCUAAUCUUGAUCCUAAAUACGGUUUAUAUUCGAGUUUCGUUCCUCCGUUGGUCUAUGCUUGUAUGGGAAGUUCGAGGGAUAUAGCAAUUGGACCCGUUGCUGUGGUUUCUCUAUUGAUAGGCACUUUGCUACGAGCUGAGAUUGAUCCAAACACAAGUCCUGAUGAAUAUCUCCGCCUUGCCUUCACUGCCACGUUUUUCGCCGGUAUCACCGAAGCAGCCCUUGGAUUCUUCAGGUUAGGGUUCUUGAUCGAUUUCCUAUCACACGCGGCUGUGGUGGGCUUCAUGGGUGGCGCGGCCAUCACCAUCGCUCUCCAGCAGCUUAAAGGCUUCCUCGGGAUCAAGAAAUUCACCAAGAAAACCGAUAUCAUUGCUGUUCUUGACUCCGUUUUCAGCUCGGCUCAUCACGGCUGGAAUUGGCAGACUAUACUCAUUGGUGCAUCGUUCUUGACCUUCCUGCUCACCUCUAAAUUCAUUGGGAAGAAGAGCAAGAAACUGUUCUGGGUGCCAGCGAUUGCGCCAUUGAUAUCAGUUAUCAUUUCUACCUUCUUUGUCUACAUAACCCGAGCAGACAAACAAGGAGUCCAAAUCGUGAAACACCUUGACAAAGGUAUCAACCCAUCCUCUUUCCAUCUAAUCUACUUCUCCGGUGAUAACCUUGCUAAGGGUAUCCGCAUCGGUGUAGUCUGUGGCAUGGUCGCUUUAACAGAAGCUGUAGCGAUUGGAAGAACCUUUGCUGCGAUGAAAGACUACCAAAUCGACGGUAACAAAGAGAUGGUAGCAUUAGGCAUGAUGAACGUUGUAGGAUCGAUGUCUUCUUGCUACGUUGCUACUGGAUCGUUCUCAAGAUCAGCUGUCAAUUUCAUGGCUGGAUGUCAAACAGCGGUUUCCAACAUCAUAAUGUCAAUCGUCGUUCUCUUGACAUUGCUCUUCCUCACUCCUCUCUUUAAGUACACUCCAAACGCCAUCCUUGCAGCAAUCAUCAUCAACGCCGUGAUUCCUUUGAUCGAUAUCCCAGCUGCUAUUUUGAUCUUCAAGGUCGAUAAGCUUGAUUUCAUCGCUUGUAUGGGAGCUUUCUUUGGCGUCAUCUUUGUUUCCGUUGAGAUCGGACUUCUCAUUGCGGUCUCUAUCUCAUUUGCUAAGAUCCUUUUGCAAGUAACAAGACCUAGAACUGCAGUUCUCGGAAAUAUUCCAAGAACUUCGGUUUACAGAAAUAUUCAACAGUAUCCUGAAGCCACUAUGGUUCCAGGGGUUCUUACUAUUCGUGUUGACUCUGCUAUAUACUUCUCCAACUCAAAUUACGUUAGAGAAAGGAUUCAGAGAUGGCUACAUGAGGAAGAAGAAAAGGUAAAGGCAACAAGCCUACCCAGGAUUCAGUUUCUCAUCAUCGAAAUGUCACCUGUUACGGACAUCGAUACAAGUGGUAUCCACGCCUUAGAAGACUUAUACAAGUCUCUCCAAAAAAGAGACAUUCAGUUGAUUCUGGCGAAUCCUGGACCGUUGGUGAUAGGCAAGCUACACUUGUCACACUUUGCCGACAUGUUAGGAGAAGACAAUAUCUAUCUGACGGUAGCUGACGCCGUUGAUGCUUGCUGUCCAAAACUCUCCGAGGAGGUAUAAAAUUUACAAGAAAGAAGGAGAAGAUGAAAAUGAAGAUAAUGUCGAAGAAGAAGAGGGAGACGCUCUCUCUAAGUGUUGUACAGUAGAGUGAAGAAAGUGACUCUUGCCUUCAAUUGUAAUUUUGGUCUUUGGACCCUUUUGUUUAUGAUUCUUCUAUCGUAUAAGAAGAUAAGAGGUCAAGUGUAAAGUUGACCUCUGGGUCCCCGUAGCGUCUUGUUGUUCUACUACUGUACUUUUUUAAUAAAGUUUUGUAAAUUAAAAAUUUUC